UCAUUACAAGCAAGUUUUUCCGGUACUAUAAAACCAAGUUGCUUAUCAGAUAGCCUUGUAGUUAUUCAGCAUCGUUUGUGUGUACAACCAGCUCAUCGUGAAUAAAUUGCAUUAAGAAGGUGAUCAACAGCAGACAAUAUGGCACAAAAUAACGUCAUUAACUUCAAAGUUUUUCUACGCGAUUCAGAAACAACGGACACACGUCGUUUCAGUAUCGAUGCUCCAGUAGUAACAAAUUUUAUGUUCUUGAAUGAAAAGUUAUUGUCAGUAUUCCCAGUUUUACGUGAAGCCGACUACAAGAUUACAUGGAAAGACAGUGAUGGCGAUGAAAUAACCAUAGCGAAUGACGAAGACCUGAUAACAGCUUUGACUGAAAUGGUCGGGAAUAUUAAAAUGCUUUUCAUAACAAUUUUGAAUAAGAAUGAAGAAACUCGUGAGGAACCGAUCACUCUGGAAGCGGACAUCAACGUUGGCCGUAGAGUGAUAAUUUGCGAUGUUUGCGAACGCACCAUUGAAGGAUUCCGUUACAAUUGCUUGCAAUGUCCUGAUUUCGAUCUUUGCAAGGAUUGUGAGCACAAGGGAUACCAUAGGGAGCACUUGAUGGUACGCAUGGUGAACAGCGACUUCUUUCCACGGUUAAAUCGCCGAUUCGUUCAUGACAUUACCCGCUGCAUAAAGAGGAACAUCAAAUCCGCGCGCAAAGAUUCGCACAAGUUCACCAGAUACGGUCAGAAAGGAUGCGAGUCUUCACAGACGAAGAAAUGCGACGAGAAACUCGGCGAAUCUUCCGAGAACAAAACCAACGAACAGCAGCAACAGCAACAACCGCCACCGUUCAGCGGACGAUGCCCCUUUAGUGGUGGACAAAACAAUAAUAACAACUACGAGGGCGGGUGUCCUUUCUCGUCAGGCGAGAGGGUCAAUAUGGAGGACUUCCACAACCUUGGCGCUCUAGCAAGGCAACAUUUAGACCCAAUUUUGAACAUGUUCAGUCCCCCGUCAUCGGCUUCAGGAAAUUCUCAGGGAGGUGCAGGGGAAAAGCCGCUCCUUUUCGACGUGAUACAGAACGCCGUUGAUGGAUUUUUCGGCCGAUAUGGUCCUCAAAAUCCCAACCAACAACAAGAGCAACAGCAACAGAAGAAUACUACUCCAGAAAGCGCCGAUCAAACUUCCAAUCAGAAGCCUGCUUCUCAAGAAACUGCGUCUGCAACGCCGAUGGAGCAAGAUCAACCCACAGUUCCUCCUCAGCCACAACAACAACAACAACAGCAGCAGCAGCCGACGCCUCAAAAUCAGGAGAAACCAGCCGAACCCGGCUGGGCGUUUGUAGCCCAAAACACCCAAAAUCCCCAUCCCACAUCUCCCAGCGAAAAUAACGGUUCUCAACAACCAGCUGCCCCAACACCUACAAUCAUUUACCACAGCAAUCCAGUUAUUGCCGAAGGACUGACGAGAUUACAUGAGAUGGGCUUUUCAAAUUCAAGUGGAAUUUUGACUCAGUUGCUGGAACGUCACAGGGGUGACGUGAGCGAAGUUGUCAAAGCUUUGGUCGACUUGAAACUUUAAACGAUAGAAACAGUCUGAACUGUUUCUGUAUUAAUCAUAUUAUAUCAUAAAAUUGGGUAUUGGUAAUUCAGCGUCGAUUAUUAUUUAUGUUUCUAUCGUCCUAGUGGGCUCUUUAUUUUAUUAAUUAUUUUGUACUUAUCGUUAAAUAAAUGUGACUGUAGGUAGUGGUAUCGUAAAUAGACAAAGGUACACACAUUGUACUUUGUUACAAACAUAUGCAAAUAAAAUAAAUGAGGUAAAAGCAAA